AACAGAAGUAACAGCAUGUUACUGUUUGAUGUUUGUCCUCAGCAUAUGUAGGGACAAAUGUUCUGGUACUUUGUGUUAAGACAAAGUACAUUUACCCUUGACUAUUCUCAAGUCCUUCAUACUUUCAUGAGCUGUAAUCACAAUUUUAAUUUGAACUUGUUUCAUUUGUUUUAAUUGAAUCAUGUAAUAACUAAAAUAAGGCUUAUUCCAAGUAUUAAGUUAUUUUUCCUACUCUUUGGUUUACAUUGUUUUGUUUCUUAGCUUGUUAAGUGUCUAGUUUGCCUUAAUAAUUGGAAACACUAAUGUUGUAUUGAAAUAAGUAUUUGAAAAUGGUUCUAUUCUGUAAUACUACUUAGAUUUUUAAUUUCUAAUUUUAAGUUUCGUUUGUAUUCAAUUGAUUUCAUUUGUGUUUGGAACAUUUACAUACUUUCUUCAGUAAAUCUGUGCAUAUCUAUUUCGUGCCUGAAGAAAACAUAACUAUAUGACUUUGUAGAUGCAUUUCUGAGGAUGGAAUAACCUGUUUACACAAAGAAUGUUUGAAUAUAAAUUAUACCCUUGGCCCAAUUAAUGAAAAUGUAUCUAACUUGUAUGCAAGAAAUCCUCUUAACUUUCACAGAUUUUUUUUAUUGUUCAUGAGAAAAAGCCUUUAAAAUAGAAGAGUAUUAUCUUAAGAAUAUGUAUGUUGUUAUUUUAGAGCAAAUGCUUCUUAAGCACUGGCCCAAUUAAUCCUUGUAACUCCAGUGAUGUAGCUAUUAUAGCCAAAUAUUAUUUUUUAAUGUAACUAAUUUUAGGCUGUGAAAAUUUUCAGUUUGCCCAUUAUAAUAACAUGUAGUUAUUUGUCACUGUUUUACAUAAGAGAAGAGUUGUCAGUUUGAGGUAAAGAAACUACUUUAUUACAGAAAAUUAAAAUAUGAAUAUGUACCAGGCAUAGUCAUGCCUUCAUCUAGCUUAUAGUAUAAUGUGGGGUAUACACCAGUAAAUGAGCCCUUACAGUGAAAUUCAGUAAAUACUGCGAUGAAAGAAAAGUCUCAUUAAUAACUGUUCAGAUUCGAACAAGUAACUUAGAGAUAAGGAAAGUUAUGAUAAUAAAAUGUAUUAGUGCUUGAUGAGAAAGCCACUAGAGUGGUUCUGAACCUUUUUUAGGUCUUCCCAGAAAAAAUGUUCACAUGCCAUGAUUUUAUAUAAACUGUAGGGAGUUCACAGACCCUUUGAAGCUGACCUAUGGAUCUCAGUUUAAGAAUCCUUACACUGGAGAAAGAUUAACAUAGCACACCAAUAGUAUUUUCAGGAAAGGGCAUAUGUAAAUGAUUAAUAGAAGUCUUGCUUAACUGCAUGCAGUUAAACAUCUUUGUUUAAUGAUUCAUGGGCUUAACAUACUACACUGAAAUGCUGCAUGUGGGAAAUGCAUGUCUGGUUAUAUCACAUCAUUACUUCAUUAGUCUCACUCGCCAUGUUUAGUCACAAGCCAUAACUAUACAUUGAGCCACGUUAAUGUGAGUACUUAGAAACAUUAAAAAAAACACACAUACACAGCAUAAGUGUGGUUGUAUCCAACUGUGCAAACAUUUAACUGAGUCAUCUCAAUCAGUGAUUUUAAAUUUAGAAAAAUUGUAAAUUUACUGACAAAGUUGGAAAUGAGGCUUUGAGGUAUGGUUCAUAUUUAAGGUAACUUUCUUUGAAUUUUUUUGUUUUAUUUUUAGAGGGUGUUUUGCAAAUUUGGGGGGGGGUGGUUUUGAUUUGGGUUUUGUUUUUUGUUUUUUUUUUUUAAUGAAGUUCAUCUAAAUCUUGGAGGGUUAAGCUUGACAUACCUAUGUGUAAAACUGUCCCAGAAUGUAAUACUUUUGUUGGACUCUUUUUAAAAAAGAAUUCAAAACUUUUAUAAGUACCUAUCUGUGAUCUCUGCAGAUUGUAUGAUCACAUAUUUAUGAAUUGGUAGUUGAAAUUGAAGUAAUAAAACCAUAGCUGAAGGGGUUUCCAAGCUCAGUCCUCUUACUCUAUAAAUAGAUAAGAUGAGGAAACAGACUGGAUAGGUUCUAAUGGCAGUAGAACUGGGCUUGAGCUAAGUCUCCCAAUUUUUUGUUUCCCAUUCAUUCAGAUUCAUUCUGCCCUCUUUAAUGUAGAUGUUUGCUAUUUCUCUUGAUGACAUCUUUGUCUUUACCUAGCAUAGUUAUAAUGUCCAAAAGGCAGAAGUUUUAUUUUCCUAAUUUAACUUACACAAGAGAUACCAGUUAUUGGAUUAAAAGUCAAUCUGAUUUUCAGUGAAUGUAUAUAGUCAUUCUUUGGACAUUUGUCAGUGCUUGCUAUCUGUAAGGAACUAGACUUCUUCUCAAGGAGCUUGUACUUUGAGUACACUAGAUGUGAAUUGUUUUUUAACUUUUAGCUGAUGACCCUAAGGCUAUUUUUUUCUUUCAAAAUUCAAGACUUUAUUAUGGUGCUAUUAAAACAUUCUCCUCAUGUUAUUCCCCCUCCUCGCCCCUCCCCCCCCGAAAAUUAGUAGAGUCUUUAGUAAGACUCUUUAUUUCAUAAUUUUGUAGUAUUGAUAUUUUUUCCUUGUAGGAUUGGUGGUGAUCCUCAGGAAAUGGGGGAAGAGGCAGAGCAAAUGUUCAAAAGGAUUAGCAGAUUGUGGAAAAAAGGAGAAUUUGAACAGAAGGAACCUGUUGCAUAAAUUCUAAACUUGUAGGAAAACUCCAAUAUUUAAAAUUUUAAAGCUAUAUAGGUAAAUACCUUCAUAAAAACAAAUGUCAUUUUUGUACUUAAAAUGCACAUAAUUAAAAAAACCAUGAAGGUGUUAUACUUCCUCUCUCUGUGGUAAGCUGCUAAACUUAAAGGAAUGCUUUUUGAUGCAGUUUGUUUUACUUGAUGAUGAUAAUGUGGUUGCUCAAUUUAAAGGAAAGUAAAAAUAAAUUUGAAAGGAGCACAGUUAUUCUGGAGGAAAUAGCAGUAUCCUUACAUAAUUUUUUAAUCUCACCUAGUUUCAGUUUAAAAGUUAAGAUCUUAUAAUAACUUGAGGGCUAGGGUGGGAAAACAAGGACAACAUAAUUGUCACACUUUAAUUUUAAAGAUAAAGAGUAAGUCACAUUGUCUUCUAUGUUUGUGCCUCUCUUUACUUUAGUGGUAGUUUCUGGGUUUUUGUCAUUUGAAGAACUUGAUUUUUUAAAAAUAAUUUUUGAGUUUAAAGUAUUUUUUCCUCUCUUUUUAAACAAAUUAUUUAAUCACGCUCCAUUAAAAAAUCAAGACAAAUUUAGUUAAUAUGUAUGUAAUGCUCAGUUUGGUCCUGUUAGCAAUCACCUGUUAUACUUACUUAUACGCCACAUUUUUAAGGCAAUUCAUGGCUCUGGGGAGCAGUGGAUGAUGCCUUUAACUUGGUAACAUUCAUAAGAAAGGAUUAUAUUGGCUUAUUUACUUCAUGUUUAUAUCAGUUGAUGUGCUUGAGGGGUUUUUUUUUUUUACUUAAAUAAAAGGCAGGUAAAUUGUCAACAGAAUUCACUUUUCUGUUACUUUAUUUUUAGGGUUAAUCUAUGAAAAUACUAGAUUUAGAACGUUAUUUUUUACCCAUAAUACUUAUAUUAAUCCUCCACUUACUGUUUAGCUUUAAAGCAUUUUCUUUGACGAGAUUAAACCAACAAGUAUUUUAUGAAAUCAUUUUUAGUUACCUGUUUUUGCCCCUUUUGUCUAUACCUUUUUCCUUUAUGAUUUCUGAUUUUCAGUUGGCUUCUAUACCUCUGUACUUUAUGAAUGCAAUCAAGUGAUUUACUUACAAAAUAACUGAUUAAUGCAUUGACUUUAUAUGAGUCAUAUUAAUAUUAAAUUUAUUGGCACACGUCCCUGUUAAUAGCGAUAUUUUCACCUUUGUUGUGAUGUAUAAUACAUGAUUCAGUUCAUGAGUGUAUUGUAUAAACAGGUUAUAAAACUACUCCAAUAUACUUAUUCUUUUAGUAGCCAAUGGUAAAACUCAUUGUUUUAUCAAAUUUUCAUUCAUAAAAGUUUUCCUCAAAGGAAUGUAAAUUUUUAACUUGAUAAGUAUGUUUAUAGAAAAAUAAAUUUGUAUAAGUUUCUAAUCUUAAGGUCUGAUUACUAAGCUUUUCAAACAAACCACAUGGUUUGCUUUUUUAAAAGUUAUGUGGUAAAUAGAGUAGAAAUUUUGGUAACUGUAUUUUGUCCAGUUUAUCUUUUUUAAGUUUUCCUACUGUACUUAAUAUAAAUUACUGUAAUUUUAAGAUUGAAAUAACAUGAUAUAUAAUAAUGCUUAUGCAGUGAGUUAAAACUGAAAUAAACAUAUCCCUGGGCAUGGGAAUAUUUUUCCCAGAGAUAAAGGGGCAUUGAUAGUUUUAAGACUAUCAGUUUCCAAAUCUCUUUCCGUAUAUGCCUUUCUUAAAAUUAACCUGCUUUGGUCCAGGUUUCUUCCCAUUUUCCAAAAGGCAUAUUUCUCGUGUCCCAGCUUCAAGUUGUAAAAACAUCUUGGGCACCAUCAGAAGAGACCAUUUUGAAAUAUUGUAGUCAUGGUAUUGAGGAUGUAAAUCACUAUAAUCACUGUAAUGACUGGAAACAAAUCUUAUAUACCAGGUUGUUUCCAAUUUUUUGGUUUCAACAAAAUGGAAAGAGGAUCUGAUCAAGUUGUUAGUUAAUAAGAGCAUUAAGUGUAAUUUUUGAGAAUAUAUUUUACUAUGUGACCUUUGUGUGUAAUGAGAUAAAUGUGUAAAGGAUUGAGUGCAUUGCUAUAUCAAAACCUUUCCUAUUUCCCUCUACUCAUCUAUUGUCGGCAAGAUUUCUCAACUUGUACAUCUGUAAAAAUUUAAAAUAGUAAGAGAUUAAACUUCUUAUUCUAACAGUAGAAUAUAUCCACUGAUACAUGAACUAAUUAAAAAUCAAUUACUGUUUCAAAAAAGAAAAUAUUCUAAAGGAACAGUUUUGUAAUUAUUGUAGAGAAUUAUUAGCAAAUAAACAUUUUUCCUUUAACUUUGUAUGAAAAAUUUCAAAAUACACAAAAUAAACAGUAGUAUAACCAGCCCCCAUCUACCUAUUCCUGGCUUCAGUUUUCAUAACAUCUGUUCCUUUACCCCUCUGCAGCCCACUGCUGAAGAAAUGAUGAUUUUCUUUCCUUUUUUUUCUUUUUUCUUUCUUUCUUUUUUUUUUUUUUUUACAGUUUGCGUUUUUGCUUUGGAAGGGCGGUGUGGGGGUUGGGGGGAUUUACUCUAGGUUAUUUGGUGUGUGUAUGUGUGUUUUUUUCUAACAUUUUUGCAAAUAAACUUUAUACUGUAGAUUUUUCAAAAUUAAAAUGACAUGACAUCUUAACAAUUACUAGAUUCCACAUAUCCCUGGGGUACAUGAAAUCUUUCCAAGCGAUUACAGGGGAAAUCUGUUUUAUGGACUUAAAUGUUCUUUCUAGGUAGAUAAUAAGAAACAUUAAUCAAGUACUUUUACAUUUAAAUUGGGAAGUUUUGAGUGGAGACUUUCUUGAGUCAACAGAGUCACUCAGAUAUUUGAUUUUGCUUAUUUACAUUAUCUGCCAGGACAUUUCAGGUAGCUUACCCAAAAUAAUAUAUAAUGAUAGACCUUGAUAAACAUCAGUUAUUUCUGAAAAAUAGCAUAGAAAUAAACCCUAAUUGUACUUUAAUUUACUUAGCUGCAAAGUAGACCAAGAAUGUGACCAUAGUCAAGAAUUGAGACAGUUUUUGGUUUUUUAAAAAUUAAACAUGACAGCUAAACAAAGAAAAUUUGUGUUAGUUUUGUAGGGUACAGUUUAGGUUGGAGAAUGAAAAUUCAAAUAUAACUUGUUUAUUUUACAUUGAUUAAUUGUAUAACCAGUAAUUAUCCAUGUAACAUCCCAAUGCAAAUGCUGACAUCCUUUUCCAAAAGAGUUGUUUUUUGUGUUUUUUCAAAGGUUAAAAAGGUUUUUGUGGUUUAAAUGUUGUUACAUAUUUUACAGCAUUAGGAUCUAUGGAAUAUUUUGACAACUGCAACAGUUCAAUGAAGUUGGUAAUUUCUUCUUUUAAUUAUUUUUCAUUGAACAGCUUUGGAGUUACAUUUCUACAUUUUGAUUUCUGGUGUAUUAUAAAGAAAGAAAACUUAAAAUAUGUCAAAGGAUGCUUUAGAGAAAAUACAUAGUGAUUACAACAUGGCUGUAGCUAAAUUAUCCUUAACUUGUUUAAACUUUGUUAAUGCUGAUUUUGAUGAAAUAGUGUGGUGUUCUUUCCAGCUACUGAUUGUGUAUGUGAUUGCACAUUCUUUCUCUAAUAAGUUGAUUUGCAAGGUUUCACAGAUUAUCAGCCACAUCCUAAUCCACUUGUAAAGUGGAGAAUGAACCUGGCUUUAUUCAAUUAAAUAAUACUCUGGUACAAGUCCCUACCCCACCCUCCCCCCAAUAAUAAAAUUUUACAGUGUAUUGUUUUGGGUUUUUUGAGGGUUAAGUUAAAAUUUUUCGUUUUUAAAAUUUUAGUUGUCAAAUUACUUCAUUUUAAACUUGUUUUAAAAAUUAGAGAUGUAUUGUUUCUUUUGGGUGCAUAUCACCAAUUAAUACGUUUGAUUUCAGAUCUACAACUUACUGCUUUGUAAACUUCGCCGAGCAAGGAGUGAAUAAUGCUGAAAAAUUUGACUAUGUAAUGCAGUUUUUGAAUAAGAUGGCUGGUAAUGAAUAUGUUGGAUUCAGUAAUGCAACGUUUCAGUCGGAAAGAGAAAGUGGAGAUCGAAAUUUUGCAAUAGGAUAUUACUUAAAAGAAAAAAAGUGUUUUCCAGAAGGCACAGACAUGGUUGGUAUAUUAGACUUCUAUUUCCAGCUAUGCUCCAUUGAAGUAACUUGUGAAUCAGCUAGUGUGAUGGCAGCAACACUGGCUAAUGGUGGCUUCUGCCCAAUUACUGGUGAAAGAGUACUGAGUCCUGAAGCAGUUCGAAACACACUCAGUUUGAUGCAUUCCUGUGGCAUGUAUGAUUUCUCGGGGCAGUUUGCUUUCCACGUUGGUCUUCCUGCAAAAUCUGGAGUUGCUGGGGGCAUUCUUUUAGUUGUCCCCAAUGUCAUGGGUAUGAUGUGCUGGUCUCCUCCUCUGGACAAGAUGGGCAACAGUGUUAAGGGAAUUCACUUCUGUCACGAUCUUGUAUCUCUGUGUAAUUUCCAUAACUAUGAUAAUCUGAGACACUUUGCAAAAAAACUUGAUCCUCGAAGAGAAGGUGGUGAUCAAAGGGUAAAGUCAGUGAUAAACCUUCUGUUUGCUGCGUAUACUGGAGAUGUGUCUGCACUUCGAAGAUUUGCUUUGUCAGCCAUGGACAUGGAACAGAGAGACUACGAUUCUAGAACGGCGCUCCAUGUAGCUGCUGCAGAGGGUCAUGUUGAAGUUGUUAAAUUUUUGCUGGAAGCCUGCAAAGUAAAUCCUUUCCCCAAGGACAGGUGGAAUAACACUCCCAUGGAUGAAGCGCUGCACUUUGGACACCAUGAUGUAUUUAAAAUCCUGCAGGAAUACCAAGUCCAGUACACGCCUCAAGGAGAUUCCGACAACGGAAAGGAGAAUCAAACCGUCCAUAAGAAUCUUGAUGGACUGUUAUAAUGGUCUUAAGCCCAAGAUUUAAAUCACUUACCUAUUUAAUUGUGGAAAAUGACUAUGAAGGACGUGUGUAUUUCUAUCUGGUAGUGAUGUAUAUUUUACAACAUUUGUCAUUUCAGUGUUACUGGAGUUUUCUUCAUUGUGCGCACAGGACAAAUCUGAUCUCUUUGGGAAAAAAUAGAAAUAAAACAAUCUCCCUCCAUAAUGUGAGCAAUAUUUACCUCGUGCAUUGUAUAAUUUGAUGUAAAAGAAACAGUUACCAAUGCUAGCUUAACUAACUGUGUGGUCUUCAUGAUUUAUUUUUGUGUAUUUUGUGGAUUUUCAGUUUAUGGUGAUAAUCUGCUGAUAUGCAUUUAUAAAUUAAACAGUCUGUCCAGAUGGAUCAAGGCUGCCUUUAGAAGCAAAACUGUGUGAUUUUCAUGACUUCAAAUAUAGAUUUAGUUCAAGUGUUUGAACAGUUAUAUGCACUUACGGUUAUGUGUUUAAAAUGUCUCCCAUCAUGCUAGCUUCAUGAUGUGACUCUUUAAAAAUUAUAAUAGUUAACAACUAUUAGUAGGAUAGACCAAUUCUGAUUAGACUUUAUCAGGGAAUCUGUUUAAGAUAUGUUUGGUGACCAAAAUAUAUGUGUGAAUGUAGUUAAAAUACUUUUGAAAGAAUUUCCUUUUUCUAUAUCCCCUUAGACCAGCCUCUCUUCCCAGACAUUUACUAUUUGCCUCUUUAGCUGGGACAGUGGGUGCUGGCAUACUAUGCAGCUUUCAUGUUUUCCAAAAAUCAGAAAAUGCCUCAUGUAUCUGGCAUCUGAGCUGUAACUAUGCCAUUUGCCUACAGGAGAUGAACCAGAGAUGAAUUACCAAGAUAAGUACACACUAGUCAAACCCAUCAGCCAGUAAAAGGAAGGGAUAUACUGCUGCAGCUCUUUAAGAAGCUAUUUUUCAGCUUUCAGGAUGAAGAUAAAUUCAGACGUGCCCUAAGCUACCAAAGUUGCCACGAAGGUAUGGGAACUGCCACAAAUAACAUUUGUUUUCAAGCCUGUCACUAAACGUCUGCAUCAAGAUAUUUGUUCUAUUUGGGGGAUCACUAGAUCACUCCAGUUUUCUCCUGAUUUUCCACUGUAUAUUUUUGGUGGACUUUACAGUUUAAUAGUAAGAAAAGGCCAUUUCACUUUAAAUUGAGACCUGCUGUUUGUCUUGGGGAGGACCUGCACACACAGGUUCCCCAUUCGUACUUCAGAGGUCAAAGGGUAUGUUCAUGAGGAUUUCUGAUAUUAAGCACACAGGCGCACGCGCGCGCGCGCGCACACACACACACACACACACACACACACACACACACACACACACACAUGGACUUCUUUGAAGCUAUGUUUAGUGAAAUGAGCAGAAUCCUCAAGUACGUGAAUGCUGGUGGUUACAUUAACACAGCAAAUUCCUUUUUUUCCCUUUCCGGUCAGCACACACUGCGGCUUCCAAGCUUUAUCAUGCCUAAUGGCUCCUUUCCCACUCCAGCAGCCUCCAAGUGUUUCAAUUACUGCUUCCUGUCCAAAUCAGUGACGUCAGCCGCCGUCCCCGUAUUAUCUAGACAGCCCCUCUUUUGGUGGAACACGGCUGGUGUUCGCGCCUUAACUGAGCUGCAUCAGGCACGAAGCCAUGCUCGCGUGUGCGCCUCUGUGGGGAGUACGGUGAGUGGGCGUCGAGCCCCGCUGCCGUGUUCCUGCCCCAAGGAUCUAUCACGACAUGCAGACAGGUGGUAUUUGUAAAACGCUGCAGAGGAACAGCAUUAUUCCCAAAGAUAUUAUGGGGUAGACACUCUUUAACUGAAAUCAUCUGAAAUUGAUUUGCUCAAACAGCAGCUUGCUGUGUGUGAUUUAAAUGAAACCUUAAGAUGGUUCAGUUACAUGGCUUGAAGAUUACCAAUGAUUUUGAGGUUUUUUUCUCUAAUAAAAAGAGGUUCUAACUAUUAUUUGAGAACAAAGCGUUUUCAUCUUUUCUCAGAUCAAAACUAUUUUGUGAGAUCUUUGUGGUUUAGUUAAAUGUGCCCUUAUUUACCCACGAGGUUAUGAAUGACUGUACACUGCUUCCUGCUCUGGCUGUUUGCUGUUGGCUGGUAAUAAUAAUGAGUACAUUUGAUUUAGAUACUUUUAACUGUGCUGUUAACUGCUGCCAUCAGUAUAAUCCAAAGAUCUUUUUGUUUUGGCUUUAGGAUCAUAUGUGCUUUUUCUGUACCACAGAGCUCUCUACCUGGUGUUUGCUUAAAGCUUUGUAUACAUUGUUGUUUCUGCUGGUCUCAGUUCUAAUGAUCUCAUCUUUGAGUGUAAUGUGUUGCACGCCAGUGCUGCCCCACACGGCCCUUUAGCUGCACAGCUGGAUUAGCUAGCCACCAUUUGAUGCUGUUAUCUGCCUGGCAGGGACUGAAUGACCUGAUGCUGGAUAUAGAUUCUUCCUGGGGAUUGUACAGCUAUGAAUGUAUUUGCUUCCAGAACCUCCCAAAGUGAAUCU